AUACAGUAACCACGUGGCAACGCAGCUGCGUGUUUUUCAUUUGACAUUGAAAGUAGAGCAAUAACAACAACAGCUAUCAUUCCAGCGGCUCUUUAGCACCCAUACGAAAAGGACGUUGUCGUUGGAAUUACGGUUUAGUACUCAAAAUCUUCCACAACGGCGAGCUUGUGGUAUUCUAUUCCGGGCCGUGCCCCAUUAUUUAAAAGUCUGUGCCGUUUAAAUGCAGGGACACUAACUGUGCUUAGGUAACUUGUUGUGAAAGUGAUUUAAAGUGCAAUUUGUGCUAUUUUCCUAAUCAAUUUUCGUGAGCGUGUGCUAAUUAAAACUUCCUAAGAACAAUGGCUGGUACGCUUCCUCCGUUAAAUACAGAGCCGGUGUUUAAGAAAAUCCAAGAAUACUACAAUGCUCAUAGUCAGGAGCUUGUCAUUAAGGAUCUGUUCGUGAAAGACCCCAAGCGAUUCCUAAAAUACAGCUUGCGGUUGUCCACACCCAAAGAUGGUGAAAUAUUGCUUGAUUACUCCAAGAACCGCGUAAACGAGGAUGUGUGGCCCAUGUUGUUGGAACUGGCGCGUGUACGGCGAGUCGCUGAGGCUCGUGAUGCAAUGUUUUGUGGUCAACACAUAAAUAUAACGGAGAACAGGGCUGUUCUCCAUACUGCGCUGCGUAACCGUAGCCUGGACCCUGUGUUGCUGGAUAAUAAGGAUGUGAUGCCCGAUGUGCGCGCUGAAUUAGCGCACAUGAAGGAGUUCACCAAUCAAGUUAUCUCCGGCGUGUGGCGAGGCUGCACUGGCAAGCAAAUUACCGAUGUGGUCAAUAUUGGCAUUGGUGGAUCCGACUUAGGACCUUUGAUGGUGACCGAAUCGUUAAAGCCUUACGGAAAAGGUCUGCAUUCGCAUUUUGUUUCCAACAUUGAUGGCACACACAUGGCUGAAGUGCUUAAAAAGGUGUGCUAUGAGACCACACUCUUCAUCAUUGCGUCAAAGACAUUCACCACGCAGGAAACAAUCACGAAUGCUACAUCAGCCAAGACUUGGCUUCUGGAGCAUGCCAAAGAUGAGGAGGCGGUGGCAAAGCAUUUUGUAGCACUGUCCACAAACAAGGAGAAGGUGACGGCCUUUGGCAUCGACAGUAAGAACAUGUUUGGUUUCUGGGAUUGGGUUGGCGGACGCUAUUCCUUGUGGUCGGCAAUUGGCUUGUCCAUUUGCUUGUCCAUUGGAUUUGAGAAUUUCGAGCAGCUUCUUGAUGGUGCCUACUGGAUGGAUAAUCAUUUUAGAUCGGCGCCUUUUGAGAAGAAUGCACCUGUUAUUUUAGCUUUACUUGGUGUCUGGUACUCAAACUUCUAUAAGGCCGAGACACACGCGCUCCUGCCGUAUGACCAGUACUUGCAUCGUUUCGCCGCUUAUUUCCAGCAGGGCGAUAUGGAAAGCAAUGGAAAAUUUGUUAGCAAGUCGGGAAAGCCAGUAGAAUACAGCACUGGACCGAUUGUUUGGGGCGAACCGGGCACGAAUGGUCAGCAUGCUUUCUAUCAGCUAAUUCAUCAGGGCACUCGCCUGAUUCCGUGCGACUUUAUUGCGCCUGCGCAAACGCAUAAUCCCAUUGCCAAUGGAAAGCACCAUAAGAUAUUGCUAUCAAAUUUCCUCGCACAGACAGAGGCCCUGAUGGCAGGCAAGACGUCGGAUCAGGCACGUGAAGAGCUGACCAAGGCCGGCCUGUGUGGCAAUGAAUUAGAGAAUAUCUUACCCCACAAAAUAUUCACUGGCAAUCGGCCCACGAACUCGAUUGUUUGCAAGAAAAUUUCGCCAUUUACUUUGGGCGCAUUAAUUGCACUCUAUGAGCACAAGAUCUUUGUCCAAGGCAUUAUCUGGGACAUCAAUUCAUUCGAUCAGUGGGGCGUCGAAUUGGGAAAACAAUUGGCUAAGGCCAUCGAACCAGAGCUAGACAAUUGCGAUGAAAUUUCAUCCCACGAUUCAUCGACGAAUGGAUUAAUUAAUUUCAUUAAAGCUAACUGGAAGUAGAAUGCUGGCUUUUAAGUUUUGCAGAAUGAUAUAAAAAUAUAUAUUUAAAUAUGUUCGUA